AAAGGAAGGGGAGGGAAGGGGAGGAUCUGCCGGGAGCCCCGUGUCCGUGCUGGGCGAGUGUGCGGCGGUGCCAUGGGGGCGCCCGGCGUGAAGGCGGUGUUCUUCGACCUGGACAACACGCUGGUGGACACGGCGGCGGCCGGGCGCCGCGCCAUCGAGGAGGUGGUGAAGGCGCUGCGGUGCCGGCACCGCUGCGGGGAGGGCCAGGCCCGCGCCAUCUGCGAGAAGGUGCAGGCGAAGCUGCUGAAGGAGUGCCACGACCCCGCCAGGACCUGCAUCACCGAGCUGCGCAUCUCGCACUGGGAGGAGGCGAUCCGCGAAACCAUCGGCGGGGAGGCGAACCGCAGCCUGGCCGCCGAGUGCUACUUUUUGUGGAAAAGCACCCGGCUCCGGCACCUCACGCUGGCCGAGGAGACGCGAGGCAUGCUGACGGAGCUGCGGAAAGCCGUCCGCCUGCUCCUCCUGACCAACGGGGACCGGCAGACGCAGAGGGAGAAGAUCGAAGCCUGUGCCUGCCAGCCCUACUUCGAUGCCAUCGUCGUGGGAGGAGAGCAGAAGGAGGAGAAGCCGGCGCCGUCCAUCUUUCAUUACUGCUGCGACCUCCUGGGGGUGCAGCCUGCCGAGUGCGUCAUGGUCGGUGACUCGCUCGACACCGAUAUUCAGGGGGGCCUCAACGCGGGCCUGAAGGCAACUGUCUGGCUAAACAAAACGAUGGCAACCCCCGCAGAUAGCUCCCCGGUGCCUCACUAUGUCAUUUCUUCUGUUCUCGACCUUCCGGCAGUUUUACAGAAGAUGGAGCGCAACGUUAAUGCCAAGUUAGGAAAUGAGCACGCAGUCAGUAGUAAUGGGGCAUGCUGACAGACCCAGCAGAUGGUCUGACAACACCGAGCUCCUGACCCAUCCUCAUGUUAAAAGUUUGACCCUAGGAUUGCUUAUACAGCAGGUGGGCGAGCAGGAGCAUAGCUGUCAGUGAAACAGGAUAGAAACAAGAGUAUUAGAUUAAUAUAAAGGACGCGAGUGCAGUUCAUUUAAGAUAACUGCCUGUGUCUGAAAAUCAUUUCAGCAGAUGGGCUAAAACAUACUUGUCUCUGACCAAAGUUCCUAGUCCCUUGUUUUUAUACUGGAAAAGAAAAGUUAGAUGUUGUGACCUUCCACAUGCCUUGCUGACUUGUAAGUUCAGCAGAAACCUCGGUUCAAGCCCUGUUUGCAGUGUGAACAUGAAAGUGAGAGUGUUGUACAAGCUAGUAAAAGGUCUCAAUUGAUCUGCAGCUUAUUUCAGAAACUGAAGUGAACUUUGCUAUUUCUAAAACCAGAAUUUAUUAUGUAGCAGAUUACUAGGAAACGAUUACCUCUGAUCCCUUUUCAAGUUUAAGUUUUCAAGUUUUAGUGUUUUUUUUCAGAAUUUGCAGUGACUUUUCAUUUACAGAAUCAGUACCUCUUGCCAAAAAUAUUUAAAUGUACAUAGAACUUGUAUUUGUAAAGGGGACCAUUUAUCAGAGGGACUUCAUGGAUAAGGUUUUACUUCAUAUUACCAUGGUGCUUAUACAAAUAGGCAGUAUAUGUGUAAUUCAGAUUACAAGACAAGUUUUUGUUGGAAUGUAAUUGAUAUAACAGGGAUACUUUCAAUGAUCUUACUGUUCUGUCAAGCUCUUUAACAGCUCAUAUCAUUGUGCUGUCUGAUUUUUUUAGUUAAUUUUUAUCAGACUUCUUGGUCUUGCUCAGGUAGAUGACUGCUCAGAGUCAACUGCAGGAUCGGUGAUUUUUUUUGUCGGUUUUAAUAGCAAGCACUGCUAUACAAUCCCUCCUUAAUCCAGUUUCUACAUGUAUGUCAUGUGAUUUACUUGGAGGAAGUAUGACUUAGUUGUUUAUAAAUGAUUUUCAUAACUCUCUUGGAGAGUUAUAUAACUUGGAAAAUGAUAUGUGUUACAGUAAGGUAUACGGUUUCAUAAAGUGUAUGUGCUAUUUGUUCCACUGGAUGCAUCUAGUGGAACAUCUAAAAUGAGAUGUUUUAGAGAUGACCCUGUAAAACACUGAUAUUUCUCUUUCCCGGAUUAUUACCUUAAUAACUUAAUUUUGUUGUACUUCUUAUUUAUACUGCAAAACAGAUGAGAAAAAUUUCCUCAAAUACAAAUGUAUUAAAUGGAAAUGUACACACUUGGAAAACCUGCCUUUUUCAAAACCUUUUUGCUAUACAUAAAUAGGGUUGAAUAUCUGAUAACAUGUGAGUAAUCAAACUUAAUAUUUUAGAAUAAAGCUAUGACAAACCUUUCAAGAACAGGAAUACUGAGGAGCUGGCAGAAGAUAGCCUGGCACGUUGGCUGUAAAGAAAGGUCAGCAAAGAGUACAGAACCCUACCAGAAAAAGGGUGAGUGGAAGGAAUCGUGUAUACAAGAACGGUACUUUUGUUUAACUUUACAUGAAUUUAAAUUGAUGUAAUUAGGAAAGCUUCACAAAGAGUGACAGAUUCAGUUUAGAGGAGGGUGUUAUUAAUCUGGGUUAAAUUACUUGGCAAAGGGCUCCAUCAUAACAUUUCUCCUACAUUUAAGUAGAUGGAAGUAUUCAUACAAGUUUGAAACCCUGUCAUCAAAUUAGUCCUUAAAAAGGGUAGAGCCACCCAUGUCCUUCGUGUUUUUGAGCCAAGACCUUUGAGACACUAGGAUCAUUAAGUAGAAGAGAGGCUCCACCCAUACCUAUGAGGAAACGGGCAUGAGCCACAAGUGAUCCAAUUACAGUGACACGGUGAGUGGCCAGAUGUAGUAUGAGACAGCAGGACUGGCUGGACACACCUUUGAUACUGAAGGAAGAGGCCUAAGUUAAGAUCUUAUUUUGCCUUUGGGAGAGUAUGAAAACAGUCACUGUUGUUUAGCUGAUGAGCAGAACACUGCCGAUAAGACUCCUUGUAACAUAAAAUUGAGAGGAGAAAAAAAAAAUUAAGAUCUUGGAUCCUGACCAGAAUAUUAAAUAAAAGUAGAAAUGUGUACAAAAGGUUAGAUGGAUCCCUGAUAAGAACAGAAAAGAUAACUUAGAUGAAGCUAUCCUUUAUAACCAUACUGUCUGAUACAAAAGCAUUAACUUUGUUUACAACAGCAUCUGAAAGUACUGACAGUAUAACUCCAUUGUUUGCACAGCAUCAGGCCAAUAGAACUGGGGUCAGAAUGAUGUUUCUGACACAGCUGUGAUUUAAAGUAGCAAAUAUUAAUAAUUCACAAUUCUGUCUAUGGACUUGAAGGAUGUACAUACCAGGUUACCAUUUUUUAAUGUAAGUUGAGGUUUAUAUUCUCUUACCAUUGCAUCAUUCUAGGAUGCUUCUAUGAAUGAACCCACUCACUGUAUAAAAGGUCUCUCGUUUUAGAAGAGUCUGUUCCUUCUUUUGCACUUGGCCAGUUAUUUCCUCAUAUUUACGAUCUAUGAAAAAAAAUGCUGUAGCUGAAUGCUCAGGUGAUAGUGUGGUCUGCAAAGGCCACACCUAAGUACACUUUUUUCCACUGUUGAGAACUGUACCAAGCUGGAUGUGACUACUGGUUUCCAGUCAGGGUGAUGUUAUUAUGAUGCUGCUAUAAAACAAGAAGAAUCAACAUGAGAGAUUUCUCCACUGGGAGUCUUCUUAGAAGUAAUUACCAAAAAAAACGGGACUACGUAUCUGGAAUAACUCUAAAUACACAAGAUGGUUUUCUUGGAUGGAGGUAUUAGAGAAAAGCAGAAGAUAAUUUUACUUAUGGAAAUGGAAAAAUAAUAAUAGGAUCAUUUUCAGAUCAGAAGCAGAAAUAGAUCAAUAAAACAGUCUGUAUUCAGUUACAGUUAAGUUCUGGUUUUGCUUAGUGAUCUGCUCUAUUAGAUAAGUUAUCUAGUUUAAACUAUAUUGCCAAAACACACUAAAUAAAAAAGAGAAAAAGAAAUUCCAUCUAUAUUUUUAAACACCUUUCUUUCAGAUAAAUUUUAUCCACUGAAGUUGAUCAGUAACUUUGACUUUAGUUAAAUGAACUGUAACAAAAGUGUAAUACCAACUGUAUUUUAAUUCUUGAUUUAAAAUAAUCCAUGUACUAGUCUAAUAAAAGUAUUUUGUUUAUAAAAUAUUUCUUUUAGCGCUCUGUAUUACAGAGUGUGACUAUGUUUGUGGCCAGAUUUACAAUAAGGGACAAGAGUUCUUUUUUUUUUUUUUUUUAAUAGUAUAGAAUUAGCUUUAAAAUUUGUGACACUGACUUAUAGAUAUGUUGAAUGUGUGUAGUUUCCAUGAUUUCAAUCAGAGGCUGAGAUAUCAUUCUGCGUUUAUGAAGCUUCAUGGUCUGACUGCAUAGACCACAUUGAAUUCCUAACUGUAGUUCACUGCCAGUUGAACCUGACUUGCCAAAAAGGUGUUUGGCUGUACUCAGUGUAUGAAGUAUCACAGAUCUGCAUGUCUUAGUAUCUCUGUUCUUCGUAUGUGUGAGGCAUUAGGCUGGACAGCAAGAGCAUCAGAAAUGCGAAUAUUUUUCUAUGUGCUUGAAAAACUUCAGCACAGAGUUGAAAGUUCUUUGAAGCGACUCAAAUGUUUUGUGCAGGAGACAUGCACCAGAAUACUAGGCUAUUGGAAAGAAGAUGUUUGGAUGGGGUGACCACAAAGGAUUAUCACGUUUCCUGAAAUACAGACAAUGGAUAGCUUCCUGUGUAGCAGAUAACCUGAACCUAUUCUGUUUGUCUUUUCCUCUGAAGCUCUUGUUAAUUGGCAAUGGCAACAAUAUGGUUUUGAACUAGACUGAAGUAGUCAGAUGUCAGAGCAAUUUCUCUUCUUAGAAAAUGAACAAAGAUAAUGUAUGUUUAUUUUUUAAAAUUCAUAUAUUAUAUGAAUAAUAUUGCAUGUCUUUUUUUUUCCUCCCAGUUUCAUUUCCCACCCCCCUUCAGUAUAUUAGCCUACUCGUCAGAAGUAAUACUCAGUAUAUACUCAGUACCCAGACUGACUUUGAAAGCAUCAUGGCUGCUUUAAAGCAACCACUGCUAUAAUAUAAGGAAGAAAUUCUACUUAGGCAGAAAAAUUUCUCAUAAUAAUUUGAAAUAAAUGCUGAAAGAUUCCUAGA